UCAAUUAUUUUAAAUAAUAUUGCGUGUUAUUUAUACAUUUAUUUUUGAUAUAUGAUUGUUUUAAUUUGAUAACAUUUUUAACAAAAUUGGGACGUAAAAAAAACAAACAAGAAUUACAUUUACUAUAUAUCACUGCCGCGCACCACGUGACUUCCUUUCCGGUCUAACCUGACAACAUGGACGCCAGCCGCGUGCAGCCGAUCAAGCUCGCCAGAGUCACCAAGGUGCUCGGAAGAACUGGUUCCCAGGGACAAUGUACACAGGUCCGUGUUGAGUUCAUGGACGACAGCAACCGCUCCAUCAUCAGGAACGUGAAGGGCCCCGUCAGAGAGGGAGAUGUGCUGACACUUCUGGAGUCUGAAAGAGAAGCCAGGAGGCUGCGAUAGUGCCCCUGAGCUGUGAGAUGCGAGACCAAUGCAGUGAGGAAUCACUCGAUAUCACUUGUUCAGAUGCUAUGGAAUAAAUGUGGUCUUAUUUGACACUUGUUCAGAUGCUAUGAAAUAAAUUUGGUUAUUAAGAUCA